UGUAUAAGGAAAAUGUGUUUUCCUUGUUUUAACAUAGUAAUACUUUAAAGCACACAGGACAAAUACAUUGUUUUAUUUUCACUAUACAGAAGAUUGAUAUCGCGCCUGUUUAUGUUUUAACCCGUUAAUACCAGUCUGGAUAGAAACAUUUUAGCAGGAUAAUUAACAAGUCGGAAAUGAAAGCGAGUAUUAUUUGGUUCAUAAUCAUUGCAAAACAUGUCAAAGACAUCAGCUCUACAGCGUGUUGUGAAGACGGAUGGAUAUCGUACAAUUCACAUUGUUAUUUGAUAGGACAAGAAGAACGGACAUUUAUGGCAGCACAUCACUUUUAUGAUCAACAAGCCGCGUAUCUAGUCCGAAUUGAUGACUACUGGGAGAAUAAGUUUCUUAAAGAUCUCCUUAGAAAUUUGGAAGUGUCCGAUACAUGGACGGGCUUGUCUGACCAGAGGUCAGAGGGAAUCUGGAGAUGGUUUAACACGUAUAACCAUGCAUCAAUGUCUGACUGGGGUCCAGGGGAGCCAAACAACCUAGGAAAUGAAGACUGCGUUGGAUUUUAUACCGAAAAGAAUUAUCAUUGGAAUGACUUCAAAUGCAACAGAAAAUUAAGGCCAUUGUGUGAGAAACUGUAAAUUAUUGAACAUGAGCAUUGUUUACGUUAACUAUUUUUUGAUAUAUAAGGUUUUGAGAGAAAAAAUAAGAUGGUUUAUUUUAUAUUUGAUGUACAUUGUAUAGACGCCAGAAAUAAACGAAAAUGUAUACGAAGAUUACUAGUAAUCAGUCUUGGGUCAAUAUUGCAUAUCAAAAUAAAAGGUCUAGUGGAAUGCACAAUUGAAUUCAUGUGCUCCUAAAUUGGUAAGGAUUAUUUCUAGCUUUUAUAUUACUCAAAACAUUACAAUAUUGCAAUAAAAAGAAAGAUAAAAACUCAUGGUGUCCAUGUUUAAAAAGCACAAUGAUUAUUUUGUAUAUAUUUUAAUGUCAAUAAAAGUUAACGCCUC